GGCGCCGCCGGGAGCCCGUUGUCGUGGUGAUGGAACCAACCCGCGACGGUUGCGGGUGGAUGUUCUGUCGGUGACUCGGGGGAUGUGACCGUUGGUGGGGGACGGAACGCGGCUCCAACCGCCGCGAGGCCGGGCCGAUGCCGGGCCGCAAAUCCUCCAAGGAAAAGAAGCGGCGCCGCUCUCGUUCCAGCGGCCUAGACGGGGGCUCGGGCGCGGGGGGCACCGAGGGGAAGCGGCGAAGUACCGAGUCCAGCUACAGCCUCUUGGAGGAAAUAAAAUGUACUGUGCCAUCUGCAGAAAAAGAGGAAUUAGCUGAAGAGCACAGCGACAUAGAAGAUGGUGGACUAGACCUCAGUGUGUCUCUAAAACCAGUUAGUUUCUACAUUGCAGACAAAAAAGAAAUGCUUCAUCAGUGCUUCUGUGUCAUAGGGGAGAAGAAACUGCAGAAAAUGCUGCCUGAUGUUUUGAAGAAUUGUUCCAUGGAGGAAAUCAAAAGACUUUGCCUGGAUCAGUUAGAACUUCUAUCUGAGAAAAAACUCCUGAAGAUUCUUGAAGGUGAGACUGGAGCUGACUCUGAUACUGAUGAAGAUGCAGACCGUGGUGGAAAUAAGACCGGAGUUGAAUCAAUCAGUCAUAGUCAAAGAGAAUUCUGGGGGAGUUGGAAAACAUCAGAACUGCAUACGAGCCACAGGUUCCUGCAAAGGAUGAAGUCCCUGAACAAGGUGCAGGCAGGAGAUGUGGUCACAAUAUCUUGCACCUAGGUAGGCUUAAUCUUU